GCAUGAGGAUGUGCCAUUCCAAAGUCCCAAUGGAAGGAUGGUACACUCUCAAGAGGAAUCUGCUUCUGCUUCUUUAAUGGAUGAGCACAAGGAUGUUCAAUUCCGAAGUCCCAAUGGAAGGAUGGUACACUCUCAGGAGGAAUCUGCCUCUGCUUCGUUAAUGGCUGAGCACAAGGAUGUGCAAUUCCAAAGUCCCAAUGGAAGGAUGGUACACUCUCAGGAGGAAUCUGCCUCUGCUUUGCUAAACUACAAUCUCAGUGACGUGAAGGAACUUCGCUCUGAUUUUGAAAGGAUUAGAACAUUUAUUGGAGAGCAAGAAGAGAGUCUGGAAGCGCUCAAAGAAAAGAAGACAUGUAUUGAACAAGAAAUAUCUGAACUGCAAGAUUUAUUUGAGCAUGAAACAACUAGCCAGUCGGGCAACUUUGUGACCGACAAAGCGGUUAUUAUCAGUCAAAUCAAAAAGAACAAUACAGCUGCUUCAGUUUUGUGCACACUUCCACCUCGCUUACAGUCUAUGCUGCCAGGGAUAGUAGGCAUUGUUGCUCUGCUAGGAUCAGUUAACGCGGAUAGCCUAAGCAGGAUGUUGGCGGAGUAUUUGGGAGAUGACCUCAUGCUUGCAGUGGUGUGCAAGUCCUCCGCUAAUGCACGUCGUCUCGAAAAUUAUAAAAAAAGUGGAGAAAUAGAUCCUGCUGGUGGUUUGCAUCUAUUGGCAGCUGAGCUCGGAAGCACGAUAGAUUGUGGGUUUCUUUCUAUAUGUCUGGAGGACCUCUGUCCAUACAGUGGAGAGUCUAAAAGCAAUGAUCCACAGAAAAAGCUUGACUUGAUAGAUCCACCGGGAGAGACUCCAUCAGGGUUUUUAGGGUAUGCUGUCAACAUGGUCAAUAUAGACAUCCAGCAUUUGCAUGCAAAAACAAGUAAAGGAUAUGAUCUUCGACAGACCUUGUUCUAUAAUCUUUUCGGAGAGGUCCAGGUUUAUGGAACAAGGAAGCAAAUGAACCAGGCACAUGGAUAUAUAAAGGACGGAGCAAUAUCUUUGGAUGGUGGCAUUAUAAAAGGCAGGGGCAUCAUGGCUCUCGGACCACGGAAGGAACCUAAUGUCAGAUUUCCCGUAGUGAACUUUGAAAGUCAUCAACAACAGAUAGAUCCUGACAUUGCUAAGAAGUUGGAAGAGAAAAGGCUGGAGUUGGGUGAACUGUCAGUUGAAUUGGCCAAGGUGUCUAAAGAACUUGACAAGGCAAAUAAACGGGUUGGAAAAAAGAUGAAACACUUGCAGAGGGGCUGCGAUGAGUUGGAACCAUUUACAGAACUUUUCCCAGGUGAUAAAGCUACAAAUUUGGCCCGACAGCUCUUCUAAACAAAUCAAAACUUUCUAGAUACACAAUAAUUUUGUAAAUGUUGCAAGGAAAAUGUAAAUAUUUUUCUUUUUGCGGGUAAAAACAUCUAUUGCCCUAUCUCAACGCUGUAAAUGUAAAACUGACUGAGAUGACAUAGCUCGAUGUUUGAGUUAUGUGUUUGCUUUU